UGAAGGGAUUUCACCAGUGGACAAACCAAGUUGGCCCCUGACAGCAUGAGCUCUCUGAACUGGGGUGGGCCCAGUGCUCUGCUGCUGCUGCUCCUCGGCUGGGCCAGUUCCACCUUCAUCAGCCUUAACCGUGGGGUCAGGGUGAUGAAGGGCAGCUCUGCCUUCCUGUCGGGAGAUGACCUGAAGUUUGUCAUCCCCAAAGAGAAAGAUGCUUGCAAAGUGGAAGUUGUGAUGAACGAGCCAAUGACCCAAAGAGUUGGGAAACUAACUCCACAGGUCUUUGACUGCCAUUUCCUUCCCAAUGAAGUAAAGUAUAUUCAUAAUGGUUGCCCGAUUCUUGAUGAAGACACAGUGAAGCUUAGACUUUACAGAUUUACUGAGACUGAUACCUUCACAGAAACCUUUAUCCUGCGGGUCUAUCUCCUCGAACCAGACUGUAACAUCAUCCGUAGGAGUAACAAUGUCCUGGAGGUGUCUGAAUUCUAUGGCCUUUCCCCAGCCAUUGAUAAGAACCUCCUCAGAUUCGAUUAUGAGAGAACGGCUGGCCUGGAGUGUACGAUCAGGCUGGAUCCUGUGGGAAGCCGGCUGCCAGCCCACGGUCAGAUGGUCCUGCUGGAGCCUCGGCCAGAAAAACCUCGUGGAGAUCAGCCACACAGUUUUUUCCCUGAGACUCGUAUGUACUUGCUGUACAUUCUAGAACUGGGAACAGAACUGAGGUGUCCAGGUGGAAGCUGUGCCCUGGGACUGAAGAAAAUGGGAAGUGCCAAGGUGAGCUGUGAGGCGUUCCUGCUGAUGGGGCUUCGCUAUCAACACACAGAUCCCCCUUCUCCCAACAUCGACUACAUCUCCAUCCAGCUGGACCUCAUAGAUGGCAGGAGCAAAAUUGUGUACAAGUCAGAGAGUGCGUGGUUGCCCGUCUAUAUCAGAGCUGGCUUUCCUAAUCAGAUUCCAAGGGCUGCAUUCAUGGCCAUGUUUACUCUGGAAGUGGAUCAGUUCAUCCUGACCUCCCUGACUCCAUCCGUUCUGGACUGUGAAGAGGACGAGACCCCUAAGCCCUUGCUGGUGUUUAACAUCACCAAAGCUCCGCUGGACGGCUAUGUGACGCAUCUGUGGGAUCACACCAGACCAGUUGCCUCGUUCACCUGGAAGGAUCUAAGUGACCUGCAGAUAGCCUAUCAGCCGCCAAACAGCAGCCAUUCUGUGCGGAGACAUUAUGAGCUGGAGGUGGAGGUUUAUGAUUUCUUCUUCGAGAGGAGUGCACCGAUUACAGUCCACAUCUCCAUCAGAACAGCAGAUACCAACGCCCCGCGGGUGUCCUGGAACACAGGUCUGAGUCUUCUAGAGGGCCAGUCUCGGGCCAUCACUUGGGAGCAGUUCCAGAUUGUCGACAACGAUGACAUCCAUGCUGUCCGGCUGGUCACCGUGGGUGGCCUGCAGCAUGGACGGCUUACACUAAGAGGUGGGAAAGGAUUUCUCUUCACUGUGGCUGACCUUCAGGCUGGAGUUGUUCGCUAUCAUCAUGACGACAGUGAUUCCACCAAAGACUUUGUAAUCUUCAGGAUAUUUGAUGGCCAACAUAGCAUCCACCAUAAGUUUCCCAUCAACAUUUUGCCUAAAGAUGACAGUCCCCCAUUCCUCAUAAGCAAUGUUGUGAUUGAACUGGAGGAGGGGCAAACCAUACCGAUCCAGGGUUCCAUGCUCAGAGCAUCAGACAUGGACUCCAGUGAUGACUACAUCUUCUUUAAUAUCACAAAACCUCCUCAAGCUGGAGAAAUCAUGAAGAAACCAGGGCCAGGGCUGAUAGGCUAUCCUGUCCCUGGCUUCCUUCAGAGGGAUCUAUUUAAUGGCAUCAUUUACUAUCGUCACUUUGGUGGAGAGAUCUUUGAAGAUUCUUUUGAAUUUGUCCUGUGGGACAGCCACGAACCUCCAAAUCUCUCAGUGCCGCAGGUGGUGACCAUCCAUAUCACUCCAGUGGAUGAUCAGCUUCCAAAAGAGGCUCCUGGAGUUUCUCGGCAUUUGGUUGUCAAGGAAACUGAGGUGGCCUACAUAACUAAGAAACAUCUACAUUUUAUAGAUACAGAAUAUGACAGUGAGCUUCUUUACACGAUAACGACACCUCCGUUUUUCUCUUUCGGCCACAGACAUCUGGAUGCUGGGAAAUUAUUCAUGGUGGAUAGCGUCCCAAAGCUGACCAAAAAUCCUGCAGCCCUGGGACUGGGGUCAUUCACUCAGCAUGCUGUGAACCACAUGAAGGUGGCCUACAUGCCACCCAUGCAAGAUAUAGGCCUCCAUCCGGGACAUGUCCAGUUUGCCUUUUCCAUCAGUAACCAACAUGGCGGCACUUUGCACGGGAUCUGCUUUAACAUCACAGUUCUUCCAGUGGACAAUCAAGUUCCCGAGGUGUUUACCAGCUCCCUGAGAGUGACUGAGGGAGGUCAGUGUAUCAUCAGCACAGAGAAUGUUCUGGUUUCUGAUGUGGAUACGAAACUGGACAACAUCUAUCUCUCCCUGCAAAGACUGCCUCAGUGUGGAAGUGUGGAGCUGGAUGGAUUUCCUCUAAACACAGGAGGCACAUUUUCUUGGGGAGACCUCCAUGCCUUAAAAGUUAGGUAUCAGCAUGAUGACUCUGAGAGACUUCAGGAUGACAUAUUCUUGGAGGUCACAGAUGGCACAAAUUCAGCAGAAUUUGUUCUACAUGUUGAGGUGGGUAGAAUGUUUCCUUCCUCAUUCAUAUAGAAAUAAAGCAUCUGGUUUAGAAGCCU